UUAUCUUAAGUAGAAUUCAAAUAUAUAUAGAGUUUCGUCACUCAAUUCACCUGCAUGACCUACAAAAAGGGCUAAUUUUGUUAUUUGAUAAACGAACUUGAUCAGGGGCAGCCAUGACGAUAUGGUAAUGUAACCAUAUCGUCCUCCUCUGGCAACCUGACGAGAAAAAGAAGAAGGGACGACCCAAUCUGACACUAUUAAAAGAAAGUUCUGGAGGGAGAAGUUGGUCUAAAGGACCGCGACCUGUUGACCGCCAUGCUGGACCGUGAACUCUGGAGCGGCAAUCUUUGUGGCACCUCGUACUACGAGCCGAUGAACUGAACUGAAACUGACCAUCCUAAAGCCAGCAGUUGCUGUCGGAUGGCCCUGGGCUCUGCCCGGCAACUUGAAGCGCCGUGUUGCAGUGACAGGUGUGUCUUCUAGCAGGUAUGAGGAAAACAUGAAGACUGCAGCAACUGUCAGCGUGCCACUCUUAGCGAUCUGCUUCUUUGCUGGAAUGUGGACUACAGGAGUGUACUACAACUAUUACAAAGCGGUGAACGAAGGAAUCCCGGAGCCACAGAGGAAAUGGAGACACAGUAAGACCCAGACAAGACUUCAGGAGGGGCUGGACGUCUGGGCGCGUCGUAACCAUAGCUACCAUGACGUCACAAAAGUCCUGUACAACAGGGUACCUAAAUGUGGGAGUAACACCAUGAAAGUGCUUCUCAGAGAACUACAGAACAGAAAUCGCUUUCAAUUCUUUGAAGACAAGGAUUAUGGACUAAAGGCACUUCCUAACAAGCUGUUGCGUAAGUUUGUACAAAUGGUCGACCAGCUUCCGAGACCGUCCAUCUACGAAAAGCACAUCUACUACGUGGACUUUCAAAAGUUUGGUAAGCAGCAGCCAACAUACAUUAAUCUGGUCCGGGAUCCCCUAGAGCGUCGAAUCUCUGGCUACUACUACAUGCGGUUUGGGCGAAUUGACGGCAACCAAAAGCAAAAGCGAACAGAGGAGGAAAAAGCACAGACGUUUGAUGACUGCGUACUAAACAACCUGUGGGAGUGCGAUGAGUUCGGACCGAAAACUUUUACGAUGACACAAUUCUUUUGUGGGCAAGAAUCAAUUUGCAUGGAGCCUUCCCAGAUGGCAGUUGAAGUAGCCAAAGAGAACAUCAGGAGGCACUACGCUGUGGUCGGGGUACUGGAGGAGUUCAGCAGCUUCCUGAAGGUCCUGGAGGUGGUCAUGCCGCAGUUCUUCCGCGGAGCUCACGACACCUGGCGGAAAAUUGAGUCGAAGCAGAUGGAACACCAGAAAACGGCUAUAAAGAUACCUCCUUCUAAUGAGUCUCGAGAAAUCAUGAGAGAAAGAUUACACCUGGACUAUCAAGUUUAUGACUUUAUCAAGGAGAGAUUCCACAGGCAGAAAACACAGCUGGGAGUCAAGGACUGAUCAAAUAAAGAUAUUUUAAAUA